AUGUGCAUUUCAUCCUUAAUGGAUUUAAUUGCUGCAAAUGCAAGUGUUACGCUGGGCCUGAUGACGCACUUCGGCGCGCUGGCGGCGGCGGCGUCCGGCCGCAGCCCGUUCGUGGCGGUCUACCCCGGGGGCGGAGGAGGCGGCGGCGCGGCCGGCGACAAGGCGUGCCCCUGGUACGCGGCGUGGUCGCGCGUGCCGCCCCCGCCGGCGUCCAUGGGCCUCGAGCGGCCCAGCCCCACCGGUGAUUCGACGACGACGAACGAGGACGGCGGCAGCCCGCCGGGUUCUCCGGCGCGGCGGAGUGGCAGUGCGGGUGGCCGGCGCAGCCCCAGCUCCCCUCUGGGGGCGGCGCGCGGAUACAGCCCCCCCGGAGGCGGCGCCACACCCGCCAGCAGCCCCGCCAGCAGCUCCGCGCCGCCCCCGCAGCCACCUAUCCUGCACCCGCACCCCGCCUUCCUUUCCGCCGCCGACUCCUACCUGUCGCUGACGCGGCCCAAGUCGCCGCCGCCGCAGGGGUUCCUGCACCACCACCACCACCAUCACCACCACCACGGCAUGCACCAGUCGGGAUCCUCCUCCGCAGGGGCGGCGGGUUCACACGUCGACUCCGUCGAGAUCGAGGAGGACGUGGACGACGACGACGAUUACGACAAGGAGGGUAAGAAGGACGGCGGCGGCAGCAGUGGCGGCGGAGGCGGCGUCGGCGGGGGCUCCGGGGGCGGCAGCAGCAACGGCAACGGCAGCAGCGGCAGCAGCAGCAACAACAAUAACAACAACAAGCGGAAGAAGAAGACGCGCACGGUGUUCUCGCGCAGCCAGGUGUUCCAGCUGGAGUCGACGUUCGACAUGAAGCGCUACCUGUCCAGCUCGGAGCGCGCGGGCCUCGCGGCGUCGCUUCACCUGACGGAGACGCAGGUGAAGAUAUGGUUCCAGAACCGGCGCAACAAGUGGAAGCGCCAGCUGGCGGCCGAGCUGGAGGCGGCCAACAUGGCGCACGCGGCGCAGCGGUUGGUGCGGGUGCCCAUCCUGUACCACGAGGCGGCGGCGGCGGCGGCAGCGGCGCACCACCACGCCGCCCAGGCGCAGGCCCAGGCGCAGGGCCACCCCCACCCCGCGGCGGCGGCGGGGGCGGCCGUCGGAGCCGGCGUGGGCGGAGGCGAGGCCGGCGUGUCCGUGUCGGCGGCGUCGGCGCCCGCGGGCUACCCGCUCUACUACCACCACCCGUCGCUGCCGCCGAGCCCCGCCACCAGCCGGCCGCCGCUGUCCAGCCUCGUCUAG